ACAUUCCUAUUUUACACACACUGCGAUCACAAUUCACAACAAUUGUGCAUUUCAUUUCAGUUUCCCUUUUACUCUGCAUUUCACUUUUAUCCAAACACGCCCUUAUUUUUUCGUCACUAUGGGCGGCUCGCACAGUCGCGAAGGCCUCGAUCUCUCCGACUCCGAGUAUGACUCCGAGUCGGACUCUCAAAACGACGUCGCAGAGGAUUACUACGACGCCGCUGAUGACGGUAAUUCAAAACCCUCGUCAUCGAGCAAAACCCUAGAAAACAUCGACGCGAAGCUUCAGAAGUUGAAAAUUAAGCCGGCGCAAAACCUAGAAAAGAGGUCCGAGAAUUCGGUGAAGCUUUAUUUACAUGUUGGAGGGAAUACGGCGCAGGCGAAAUGGAUUGUGGCGGAGAAACACACGUAUUAUACGAUAUCGAAAACUAAUCGAAACGAGCUAGAGGAAUUGGGGGAAGAUGAGGUAGAUGAGAUAUGCGGGGGGAUGGAUGAGUUUUGGAUGUUGAGAGUGGGGAGUAAAGUUAGGGCUAGGGUUUCAACUGAUUUGCAAUUGAAGAUGUUUGGUGAUCAGAGGAGAGUUGAUUUUGUCGAGAGAGGCGUGUGGGCGUUGAGGUUUUUUAGUGAUGAGAGCUAUAGGAGGUUUGUUGGGUUGUUUCAGGAUUGUUUGUUUGAGAAUGUGUAUGGAAUGAGGGCUAGUGAGGAGAGUAAGGUGAAGGUUUAUGGGAAGGAUUUUAUGGGGUGGGUUAAGCCUGAGGUUGCGGAUGAUACGAUGUGGGAGGAUGCAGAUGAUGGGGUGUGGAAGAGUGGGGAGAAGACGAGUUUGAGGGACGAUAGUGAGAGUCAGAAUUUGUUGGAGGAGUUUGAGGAGGCUGCGACUGCCGGUGGGGGAGGGAUUCAGAGUUUGGCGUUGGGUGCGUUGGAUAAUAGUUUUUUGGUUAGUGGUUCUGGGGUUCAGGUUGUGAAGAAUUUCAGUCAUGGGAUUCAUGGGAAGGGGGUUUAUGUGAAGUUUGAUAAUGGGGGGAAGAGGGGGAUUGGGGGGAGUGGGAGUAAUUCGACGCCAAAGAAGGCGUUGUUGAUGAGGGGGGAGACCAAUAUGUUGUUGAUGAGCCCGUUGAAAGAUGGGAAGCCACAUGCCAUGGGGUUGAAUCAGUUGGAUAUUGAGACAGGGAGGGUUGUUACGGAGUGGAAGUUUGAGAAGGAUGGGUGUGAUAUUUCGAUGAGGGAUAUUACGAAUGAUAGCAAGGGAUCACAGUUGGAUCAUUCAGAGAGUACGUUUUUGGGGUUGGAUGAUAAUAGGCUGUGUCAGUGGGAUAUGCGUGAUAGGGCGGGAAUGGUUCAGACUAUUGCAAAUUCUAAUUCUCCGGUGUUGCAUUGGAAUCAGGGCCAUCAGUUUUCUAGAGGGACGAAUUUCCAGUGUUUUGCGUCUACUGGUGAUGGUUCGAUUGUGGUGGGGUCUCUUGAUGGAAAAAUUAGGCUGUACUCAAAUAAAUCCAUGAGGCAGGCCAAGACUGCUUUCCCCGGGCUUGGAUCGCCGAUCACCCAUGUUGAUGUAACAUAUGAUGGUAAAUGGGUGUUGGGUACCACAGAUACGUAUCUAAUCCUUAUAUGCACCCUAUUUACCGACAAAGAUGGAAAGACUAAAACAGGAUUUGGUGGUAGAAUGGGGAACAAGAUUCCAGCUCCAAGGUUGUUGAAGCUGACCCCUGUGGAUUCUCAUAUGGCUGGAAAGAACAACAAAUUCCAUGGAGGUCAAUUCUCAUGGGUCACUGAAGGCGGGAAACAAGAACGUCACCUGGUGGCAACAGUAGGAAAGUUUAGUGUGGUUUGGAAUUUCCAGCAAGUGAAGAAUAGUGCCCACCAUUGCUACCAUAAUCAACAAGGGCUGAAGAGCUGCUAUUGUUAUAAGAUUGUGCCAAAGGACGAGUCGAUCAUUGAAAGUCGCUUCAUGCACGACAAGUUUGCUCUUACAAACUCUCCUGAAGCUCCACUUGUAGUGGCGACACCAAUGAAAGUUUCUUCUUUCAGCAUGUCUGGAAAGCGAUAGUGCUGCUUUAAGUGGUGUGCUUUUCAUGUUAAAAAAGAACUUUUAGAUGUGUUUGUGAACAGGGUCGUUAGAUUUUUUUAAGGGGUAUUAGUCUGUUUCUAGUUGUAGGUCUUUUAUUUUUGUUUCUUUUUUCAAGUAAUUACUUUGUCUUGGGAAAAGUGAUCAUUGUCAGCAAUGUCUAGUGUAGUAGUGUUUCUAAUUUGUGUGCUGCUUUUAGUUUUUGUGUAUUUGGAGGGCUGUGGACAAUUGUGUACAGAGUUUUUGUUUUGGAGGGCUGUGGACAUUUGUGUGCAAUGCAUUUGGUUUGAUGUUGUGUGGAUAA